AUGGCUACCUCCCCGCAGAAGUCGCCCUCGGUCCCCAAGUCCCCCACUCCCAAGUCGCCCCCGUCCCGCAAGAAAGAUGACUCCUUCUUGGGGAAACUCGGAGGGACCUUGGCCCGGAGGAAGAAAGCCAAGGAAGUGUCGGAGCUUCAGGAGGAGGGAAUGAACGCCAUCAACCUGCCUCUCAGCCCCAUUCCCUUUGAACUGGACCCUGAGGACACCAUGCUGGAGGAGAAUGAAGUGCGGACAAUGGUGGAUCCAAACUCACGCAGUGACCCCAAACUUCAGGAACUGAUGAAGGUAUUAAUUGACUGGAUUAAUGAUGUGUUGGUUGGAGAAAGAAUCAUUGUGAAAGACCUGGCUGAAGAUUUGUAUGAUGGACAAGUCCUGCAGAAGCUCUUUGAGAAACUUGAGAGCGAGAAGCUAAAUGUCGCUGAGGUUACCCAGUCAGAGAUUGCGCAGAAGCAAAAGCUACAGACCGUCUUGGAGAAGAUCAACGAAACCCUGAAGCUUCCUCCCAGAAGCAUCAAGUGGAAUGUGGACUCUGUUCACGCCAAGAGCCUGGUGGCCAUCUUGCAUCUGCUGGUUGCUCUGUCUCAGUAUUUCCGAGCACCAAUCCGACUCCCAGACCAUGUUUCCAUCCAAGUGGUCGUGGUCCAGAAACGAGAAGGAAUCCUCCAGUCUCGGCAAAUCCAAGAGGAAAUAACUGGUAACACAGAGGCUCUUUCCGGAAGGCAUGAACGCGAUGCCUUCGACACCUUGUUCGACCACGCGCCUGACAAACUCAACGUAGUGAAAAAGACACUCAUCACUUUUGUGAACAAGCAUCUGAAUAAACUGAACCUGGAGGUCACAGAAUUGGAAACCCAGUUUGCAGAUGGAGUGUACCUGGUGCUUCUAAUGGGGCUCCUAGAGGGCUACUUUGUGCCCCUGCACAGCUUCUUCCUGACCCCAGACAGCUUUGAACAGAAGGUCUUGAAUGUCUCCUUCGCCUUUGAGCUUAUGCAAGAUGGAGGUUUAGAGAAGCCGAAACCUCGGCCAGAAGACAUCGUCAACUGUGACCUGAAGUCCACGCUGCGAGUGCUGUACAACCUCUUCACCAAGUACCGGAACGUGGAGUGAAGGCCUGGGCCUCCGCCGCCCAGCAGCUCCUGCUGCCGGCAGACUGGACCAGCCUCGGAACCGCCUUACCCUGCUUGUCCCCGUGCCCUGCUGUGUGCUCUCCACAAGCCCAGCAACUGCCCAGAGAUAGUGGGAAUGGACACCAGGAAGGAAAUGACCAAUAUCUUGGUGGGCUGAGCCACACCUCCCAGGCCCUGGGACUACCCAGCAGUGAGCUGGGGGAGUGGACCUGGCCAGGUGCCAGGCCCACACGUCCCUGUGUGUGCUUCAGGAGUCAGCUCAGGCAUGGUCCCCAGAAGAUGCACAGAUCACAGUCCCUGUUAAUGGGUAUAAACUAUGCCAGGCCCACGCUAAGUCCUCUCCCGUGUUCAAGUUCAUUAGCCCUCACAACUCCCCUGGAGGAGAAGUUAUAAUCCCCCUUUACAGAUGAGGAGACUGAAGCUUGGAGGUUGAGUGACUCACCAGAAGUUGGCAUUUGUUUUUCCUCUCUGAACAACAUGUCUGUUAAUAACUCAUCAAUUACAUCACAUUCUUUGGGCAUGUGCCCCCACUGAGCAUUCUAAAGCGUAUGUGCACACGCAUGCGCCCGCGCACACCUGAGUCCUCAGAGAAGACAGGAAGCACUGAUCUCACCACUGGGGCAGGCUAGGUCAGGGCUUGGUGAUUCACACUGAAAUUGACAAAUUGAAUUUAACCCAAUUAAUGGUGUGUGUGUGUGGCAGGAGUCGUGUCCCUCAAAUCCUUUGUACAAAUGAAAAUUAGUCUUAAUUCCUUCAGAUUUAUAAUAACCCCAUACUCUGGUUUCACAGUGACAUUUGGGAAGGAUUCUGUUUAGAAUUAAUGGAGUGGCACAUUUUGCAGCCUUUUUGCUUGAUUGCAUGUAAUGGAAAUGCCCUAUAUUUUCCUGCAAAAUAAGUACUCAAUUCAUUAUCGUUAGGCAAAUGUACAAUAUAGUCAGGCCCUGCAGAGAGCUGGGCACAAGCCCGAGUAAGCAGCGCUUGGGAAGUAGGGCUCUUCAGCGGGGACCCUUGAACUUUAAAGAAAGGAACUCCUUUUUGCCUUCUAAUUGAUCAUUUAGACCAUUCUGGCUAAGUCUGCCCACAUGUAAUUACCGGCUAAUUCAGGCGAGGAAAAAUGUAAGUCAUUUAGACCAAAGCAGAGCUGUUUCCUUGCGUGGGUGACUCAAGGGCUUGUGGUUACUUGUAUCUCCUCUAUGUGAACCGGACUGAAUUAUAGAGCUCUGCUCAUGCCAGGCUGCUGCUAGGUCCUGUCAGAAAAGGAAGGGGGCCAGAGCGGGGCAGGAGCAAGGGGAACACAAAGCGGGGGGAGAUGCUUGCACACGUAGCAUACAGGGAAAUACCUUCAGAGACAGAGAUGUGUGCUUUAUGGUACUUAACACUUGUGCCCUUAAAUUGACCGAGGCCUUGCAGUAAUCACCUGUGCUGAUACUACAUCGUCAUUAUACAAUUUUCAUAAAUGCAUCUGAUAGACACCAGCCUGUGUGGCCUCCUCCAGAAGUCUGUGACUGCCUUGUCAUGCUUUACGCCACCACACAAGCCCACCUGGGGUUUGGGGAGUUCACUGUGAUCUCUUUCUCCACCACCCGAAGUCAGGACCCCACUUGUCCCAAGAUAUUCCUGCAGCCUUUCUCCUUGUAGCUUACUCCACUGCCCAUCUGCAGGAAUUCAACUCGGAGAUUUAGUCACACUGUGUAUUUUUUUGGAUAUUUCGCUCUUGUUACUCGGCAUAAUGAGCAUUCAAGAUGUAAAGGCAGUGUACUGUCCUGUGUCAAUUUAUGUACAAGAAUACAAUUCUUUUUUACGUAACUAGUGAGAUAGCGUAUUUUUCAUUAGGAAGCACUAAAUAGUAUAAUGUUUCUGUUGCUCUCUUUUAAAGUCCAGGUAGCAAAUCAAGAUAAAUAAUUGCCUUGUCUCCCUGUGCAAUACUAAAGCAGGAUGAAACGAGAGGAAUGCAUUCAUUUAAACAUGCUUUGCUGUACAAA